UUCAUUCUUGUUUUGAGUUUAUAUUCAUUGAUUGAUCGAGAAAUUGUAUUUUGUGCUCAAUUUGGCUUAUAUUCAUUGAAUUUUGUUCAAUUAUUCCUGCGAAGAUCUUAUAAUUGCUACAAGAUGAAGAAUGAUGCUCGUAUUCUUAUAAAUAAGAAAAGAUGGCGAAAUCAAAUUACAGACACCGGCAGAGGAGGAAAAGUCAUUUCUCGUGGUACAUUUGAUGCACGAAAAAUUCUUAAUUUGAAACGAUCUGCAAAUAUCAGACCAAAAAAAGAAUUAAUCAGAGGCUCUAAUAAAAUGAGUGCAUCUGCUAUUCCAUUUGUGAAAAAAUCUUUUUCUUCUAUUCAAGAACCUAAGAAACAUGUUGAGUUGUCCCGUGAUGGUAAUAUUAUAAUCACUGCAAAGUCAAAAGAUAAUGCUACGGGAUCCAAAUUCUCUCAGAGGAAUUUUCAACCAACCAAGAAACAGCCAAUGCAAUGGGCACCUGCUGAUAUUGAUAUGGAUAAUGUUGAACACAUUGGCAUUGAUGAUGUACUAGAUAUGGAAUCUCUACCACCUGCAUUUGUAUCACCUAAUCUAACACAAAAUCGUAUUCCAAUUGUUUCACGUGGCAGAACAUUAGCUGAAGAAGUAUUGAGCAUGCAGAAUACAAUGGUAGCUGAUCAAGUUGCAAAUGCAUCUACUCCUCAAAGUGCACGGGUUUAUGUAACAAAUCUGUGUUCAUCAGUUUCAAAACAAGAUGUUAUGGAACUUUUUGGAGAUGUUGGUGUUGUAAAGAGUGCUGACAUGCCACAAAUUGGAACAGCGAUUAUUGAAUUUUAUGAUUUAGCAGAUGCUACAAGAGCUUGUGAAACUUACCAUAACAGACUCUUAGAUGGUCAACCAAUGAGAUGCUAUCUUCAGCCAAAUGCUUCUUCUCAAAGAGUUUCAGUUUCUCAAAGACUUGGAGGGCGAGUUCCAGGCGCCUCUCCUGUACAUCUUCCUUCGUCUAAUCCGAGAUCCCGAUAUAAUCCUCGUGAUGUGCGAUUUACUGUUAAGCUAGCAUGAAUCAUCUGUCAUUUCAUUCAUCAUUUUUUCUUUAUCAGUGGAUUGUCAAUGUGAAUAGUGUAAAAAGGCUGGGAAAUAAAAACUUUUUUUUAUA